AGCUUAGGUAGACUUAGGUAAGGAGGGCGGGGCGUGCCUGCAGGGACCUGGCGUGGAGCUGGUCUCACUCCGUGUUAGACUCCAGGCAGGACUCGAGGCGGAAGCAGUAGUUCUGAGAAGGGUUGUGGGACUGAUGCAGUUCUGUCUACAGUGCGCGGUGCGGUGACGCCUCUAAAGAAUCAUGGCAGCGACUGACGAACUGGCCUUCCAUGAGUUCGAGGAAGCCACAAAUCUUCUGGCAGAGACCCCAAAUGCAGCUACCACUAGCCAAAGUGAUGCGCUGACCUCACGAGAGCACGUGGCUGUGGUUAUAGAAUCAGGUAUUGGCUAUAGAGCCGAAGAGAUGGAGGAAGAGGGUGACAAGACAUCGCUUCUACAGGAAGAAAAGCCACAGCCGAGAUUCUGGACGUUUGACUACUAUCAGAGCUUCUUUGAUGUGGACACUUCCCAGGUCUUGGACCGGAUCAAAGGCUCGCUGCUGCCCCACCCGGGCCACAACUUUGUGUGGCACCAUCUUAGAAAUCGGCCUGACUUAUAUGGACCCUUCUGGAUCUGUGCUACCUUGGCUUUUGUCCUGGCAGUUACUGGCAAUCUCACUUUGGUGCUUGCACAGAGGCGGGACCCCUCCAUCCACUACAGCCCCCAGUUCCACAAGGUGACUGUAGCAGGUGUCACCAUCUACUGCUAUGCGUGGUUAGUGCCACUGGCACUGUGGGGCUUCCUCCGGUGGCGCCAGGGCACAAGGGAGCACGAGCACAUGGGGUUGUACACCUUCCUGGAGACUGUUUGUGUCUAUGGCUACUCACUCUUUGUCUUCAUCCCCACAGUGGUCCUAUGGCUUAUCCCAGUGGAGUGGCUGCAGUGGCUCUUCGGAGCACUGGCUCUGGCUCUGUCAGCUGCUGGGCUGGUGUUCACACUGUGGCCUGUUGUCCGAGAGGAUACAAGGCUGGUGGCUAUAGCACUGCUGUCCAUUGUAGUGCUGCUUCACGCUCUCUUGGCGCUAGGUUGUAAGCUGUACUUCUUCCAGCCACUGCCUCUGGAACAUGUUGUACCAGGACCAAAAGCCACACCUCUAUCUCCCAGUGUCCUGCUGCCCACCUCAGCCCGGUCCAUGACAACCUUCUAGGAAGGCCAGGCCUGCAGGAAGAGCCACCUGAGGAGUUAUGACACAGCCAGGCCUGGAGGCCAUAGCUGCAAGGAGCCCCAGCAGUGCCAUACUUACAUGGAGCCAAUAAAAGCAACAUCGAACCAGAAUGCCAAGCCAUGGACCAGUCCUGAAUGCAGCAUGUGGAAUUUGAAUGGGAUUUCUAUCCUGCAAGGCAAAGUGCAUGGGCUUGCUGUAGAAGCCCAACCCGACUGUAAGGAGAGGAGGGGUAGCUGGGGGGACAGCAGCUGGCCGUGAAUGCCCAGGGGGUGAUGGGUACAGACUAUGAGGAGCACAGGGGUAGAGGUAUCCAAGAGAUGAUGGGUACCUGUGCAAAUCGCCUUCUUUGGCUUCUAAGAAGUUCACUGUGUACUUGACAGAUUUGGCCAUCAGGAUCCGGAUGUCAAAUGUGUCCUGCAAGAUGACAGGUGUGACCCAGCUUGUGCUGCAAAUGCCAUGGAAGAAGGGGAAAGCCUCAAUGCCUUCCCUUAUUCUCCAGGCCUGGCCAUGGCACUAACCUCUGCUACAUAUCUGGCUACAUAUUUUGCCCUUUUCAGAUUCGCUAGGCACAAUACUAGGGACAGCAAUUAGACUACACCCCUCAAAAUUGUAUAUUAAUAACAGGGGAUAGCAGGGAUAUUUCUGCAAGUUCAAAGCCAGCCUGGUCUAUAUAAUGAGUUCCAAAGCUGGGUGGUGGUGGUGCACACCUUUAAUCCCAGAAUUUAGGAGGCAGAGGCAGGCGGAUCUCUGUGAUUUCGAGACCUGCUUGGUCUACAGAGUGAGCUCCAGGACAGCCAGGGUUGUUAUACAGAGAAACCCUGUCUCAGGGCAGACUGAGUCCUGGGCCUCAUGCACGUGAGACAAGCACUCUGCACUGAGCUAAUCCUUAGCAAACUUAGGAUGACAACAAUACGACAGUGAGCAACACCCAUAUUCCCACCUACUCAGCAAGUGAUGGCACCUAUUCACUUGGGUCUAGCCAAGCAACAUAUGAAAA